UAUCCGCAUGGCCGCCGCCCGCUACGGGUCAGCCACCACCACCACCCGACACGCCCUCCGGCGCUACACCACCCAGAGCAGCGCCACCACGCCCCCAACCUCCCCCUUCGCACCCCGUCACUUCCUCUCCACCGCGGACCUGACCCCGACGGAAUUCGCAACCCUCGUCCGCAACGCCUCCUCCCACAAACAUGCCCUCAAAUCCGGGCUCCCCCUCCCCCCACACCUCCGCGGACCCCUAACUGGCAAAACCGUCGCCAUGAUGUUCAGCAAACGCAGCACCCGCACCCGCAUCUCCACCGAAGGCGCCGUGGUCCAAUUAGGCGGCCACCCGAUGUUCCUGGGCAAAGAUGACAUUCAGCUCGGCGUGAACGAAUCGUUGUACGAUACGUCCGUGGUGGUGUCUUCCAUGGUGGAGUGUAUUGUGGCUCGGGUGGGCAAACAUGCCGACGUUGCGGAUUUGGCGAAACAUUCCACCGUGCCGGUCAUUAAUGCCCUCUGUGAUUCGUUUCAUCCGUUGCAGGCCGUGGCGGAUUUUCAGACCGUGUUUGAGCAUUUCACUGGGGGGAAGGGCGGACAGAAGGGGCAGGGGUUGGGGUUGGAAGGGUUGAAGAUUGCUUGGGUGGGUGAUGCGAAUAAUGUGCUGUUUGAUAUGGCUAUCAGUGCUGCGAAGAUGGGGGUUGAUGUGGCGGUGGCCACGCCCAAAGGGUAUGAGAUUCCGAAGGAUAUGUUGGAGAUUAUUGAGACGGCUGGGGAGGGGGUGGAACGGCCGGGCAAGUUGUUCCAGACGAAUGUGCCCGAGGAGGCGGUUAAGGGGGCUGAUGUGUUGGUGACGGAUACGUGGGUGUCGAUGGGACAGGAGGAGGAGACGGCGAAGCGGUUGAGGGAUUUCGCUGGGUUCCAGAUUACGCCGGAGUUGGCCAAACGGGGUGGUGCCAAGGAGGGUUGGCGGUUCAUGCAUUGUCUGCCUAGACACCCCGAGGAGGUCAGCGAUGAGGUGUUUUAUAGUCAUCGGUCGUUGGUGUUCCCUGAGGCGGAGAAUCGCUUGUGGGCUGCCAUUUCGGCGCUGGAGGGCUUUGUGGUGAAUAAGGGGAAGAUUGAGUAAACGUUUUGUGGUGUCGUUGUAUAGUAUACUCCAUGUGUGUGAUUAGCAAUUGAUCUGGUUUGCAUCCUUCCAAGACAUCACUUCACAUCAAAUCAAC